AUGUCUACCAAGUCCUCAGAAAUGCCUGAUACAACUGAAGAUUUAGUAGAACUAAGUAAUUAUGUAACAUUGUGCAGAGAUUCUACUUUAUCAAAAAUGAAAGCUCAACUGAGGACUGUCGGAGAUUACAUAAUGUUUCUUUUUGAAUACACUGAAUUUAACAUUGAUGAUAUUCAUUUGCAAUCGCGAGUAUUUCGAUGGCCUCAAGAGAUUGAACAGUUUUUAGAUUUAGCUACUAGUAGAGUUAUUCAAAAGAAAGGAGUAGUUGAAGGCCAGUUGAAAUCUAAAAAAACAGAAUUUGAAUUCGAUCUUAAAAAUCAUUUCAAAUUGCUGGACAAUUUAAAGAAAAAAGACCCACCAAUAUUGACUAAUGAUGAAAUCAUAGCAGCCACCGAAGAAGUUGAACGUCUUACUAAUUUUCUUAAAGAAGAUAUUGCUGCUGCAAAGAGUAUAAAUCACACUGAAAAACUUUUGGAUGUUGAAGUUACGCCAUAUACUCAACUACACUCAAUGGUUGCGGCUAGUGAGCAAUUUGACCAUUUGUGGCACAUUGUUCACGAUUUCCAGAAUUACUAUGAAAUAUGGUUCAAUGGACCAUUCCACGAUCUGAAUGCUAAAGAAAUAAAAGAAAUGGUGGAUAAUAUGUGGGAUAACCUAUAUAAAUUAGCUAGAAUUCUUCAAGACUAUCCUGGAUCAAAAAGAGUAGCAGAAAUUGUACGUGGUAAAGUAGAUAAUUUUAAAAAGUAUUUACCUGUGCUGGAAACGAUUUGUAAUCCGGGUAUUCACGAUAGGCAUUGGACAGAGAUUAGCAAAAACGUUGGCGUAGACUUACAUCCUAAUGAUUCAUCAACUUUGUCUCAAAUGAUUGAAAUUGGUUUACUGAACUAUAUUGAAAAACUUGAAGAAAUUAGUGUUAUUGCAUCUAGAGAAUAUUCACUUGAACAAAAUCUUCGAAAAAUGAAAGAAGAAUGGUUAACUAUUGAGUUUGAGUGUACCCCAUACCGAGAUAGUGGGGUUAGCAUAUUAACGGCGUUAGAUGACAUUCAGGUUAUGUUAGAUGAUCAUAUACUAAAAGCUCAAACAAUGCAUGGAUCGGUUUAUAUAAAACCUUUUGAAGAAGAAAUGGAUACAUGGGAAAAAAAAUUAAUUUUGAUGCAAGAAAUUUUAGAUUUCUGGAUUUCUGUGCAAGGGAUUUGGAUGUAUUUAGGUCCAAUAUUUAGUUCAGAAGAUAUAAAUCGUCAGAUGCCCGAAGAAGCUAGAAAUUUUAGAGCCGUAGAUGCUAUUUGGCGUCAAAUUAUGAUUAACACUGUUAAAAAUCGUAAAGUUCUCGAAGCUACAGAUUAUCCAAAUAUGUUGACAUUGCUAAAAAAGUGCAGUGUUAUGUUUGAGCAGAUACAGAAAGGCUUGAACGAGUAUUUAGAGAAAAAACGUCUUUUCUUUCCGCGAUUUUUCUUUUUGUCUAACGACGAACUUCUUGAAAUUUUGUCUGAAACCAAAGACCCAUUACGGGUGCAACCACAUCUUAAAAAAUGUUUCGAAGGCAUAGAUAAAUUAAACUUUACAAAAAGCAUAGAAAUUGUGGGAAUGAUAUCAGCUGAUGGCGAAGUAGUACCCUUUAAUGGAAUAAUUUAUCCGGCUGACGCUAAGGGUUUGGUGGAAAAAUGGUUGAUUCAGGUUGAAAUUUUAAUGAUGCAGUCAAUAAGCGAAAUUAUUAACAAUGCAGUAAAAGAAUACGCAAAUAUUAAACGCGACGAAUGGGUACUUAAGUGGCCGGGUAUGGUUGUUUUAUGCGCUGCAACAAUAAAUUGGACUGCUGAAGUAGAAACCUCUAUUGAAAAAAAAUCACUUCCUGUUAGAGAAGCCUAUCUACAGAAAAUUAAUACUCAAAUAGAAAAUUUGGUAAAUUUAGUGCGCGGAGCAUUAAACGUAGGUGAAAGGGCAACGGUGUGUGCUUUGAUAGUAAUAGAUGUUCACGCACGUGACGUUGUUAAAAAUCUUAUAUCUCUAAAAAUAAGUAAUAUUCGAGAUUUCAAUUGGAUUAGUCAACUUAGGUAUUAUAAUAAAGAUUCUAAAACUACUGUGUCGAUGAUAACCACUACUCUAGACUACGGUAAUGAGUACUUAGGCAACACAUCAAGAUUAGUAAUUACUCCGUUGACAGAUCGAUGUUACAGAACACUUAUGGGUGCAUUAAAAUUACACCUCAGUGGAGCUUCUGAAGGUCCAGCUGGAACUGGAAAAACCGAGACCACAAAAGAUUUAGCCAAAGCAAUAGCCAAACAAUGUAUAGUAUUUAAUUGUUCUGAAGGACUUGAUUUUAAAGCUACGGGCAAAUUUUUCAUGGGAUUGGCACAAUCUGGAGCAUGGGCUUGUUUCGACGAAUUCAAUAGAAUUGAACUUGAAGUAUUGUCGGUAAUUGCUCAGCAAGUGUAUAUUAUACAAAUGGCGGUAAAAGCUAAAAAGGACAAAUUUAUUUUUGAAGGCACAGAGUUAACAUUAAAUCCUACUUGUGCAGUUUUUAUAACUAUGAUCCCAGGAUAUGCUGGACGGCAAGAACUACCUGAUAAUUUGAAAGUAUUAUUUCGUACAGUCGCUAUGAUGGUACCAGAUUAUGCCAUGAUUGGAGAGAUAUCAUUAUAUUCUAUGGGGUUUAGUGAUGCUAGAAGUUUGGCUGAAAAAAUUGUAGACACAUAUAAAUUAUGUUCAGAACAAUUGUCAUCUCAAUCACAUUACGAUUAUGGGAUGAGGGCAGUAAAAUCAGUAUUAACAUCUAUAGAAAAUUUAAAAUUUAAAUAUCCUGAUAACAAUGAAGAGGAAAUUGUGUUAAGAGCUAUAUACGACGUCAAUAUGCCAAAAUUUUCAUCGGAGGAUACACCACUUUUUAUUGGUAUAUAUGGAGACUUAUUCCCCGGUGUCAAACUAUUAAUGCCAGAAAGAGAAGAACUCAUAAAUAAAAUAAACAUAAAUUUAGGCAAAAGGAAUUUACAAUGUACUCCGUGGUUCAUUGAUAAAAUAAUACAAGUAUAUGAGAUGGUGCUGGUUAGACACGGGCUUAUGAUUGUUGGUGAACCAUUUUCUGGAAAAACUUGUGCCUAUCAGGUCUUGGCAGAAUCAUUGAGUGAUUUACAACUCGAUCGCAAAGCAAUAAUGAAAGAAUUUAAAACCACGUGUAAAAUUAUCAAUCCUAAAGCAAUUACAAUUGGUCAAUUGUAUGGAUCAUUUGAUACAGUUUCACAUGAAUGGCAUGAUGGAGUUCUAGCAAUUGUGUUUCGAGAAUUUGCUAAUAGUGUAUCAAUGGAUCGCAAAUGGAUUGUAUUUGAUGGACCUGUUGAUGCAGUAUGGGUAGAAAAUAUGAAUACAGUGUUGGACGAUAACAAAAAACUUUGCUUGAUGUCUGGGGAAAUUAUACAGAUGAGUAAUAAAAUGAACAUGGUAUUUGAACCUGCCAGUUUAGAACAAGCUUCGCCUGCCACCGUAUCUCGUUGUGGAAUGAUUUAUGUAGAACCAAAGCAGCUUGGUUGGAGAUCUUUUUGGCUUUCGUAUAGACAAAAUCUUUGUACUAAAAUUUUGCCAGAUCAAAAAAUUAUGAUGGAUGAUCUAAUCGAGUGGUUGGUACCCGCCAUAUUUGUUUUUAUACAAAAACACUGCAGUUUAUUUUUAGCUACUUCUGAAAAUCAUAUGUUUAACUCGUUUACAAGGUUAAUGGAUUGUUUGAUAAAAGAAGAAACUGGAAUUGGAUUCACAGCCAUAUGGGUGGGAUGUACAACAAUUUUUAGUUUGAUCUGGAGUCUUGGUUCCUUAAUAAAGGGCGAUAGCCGAAAUAAAUUUGAUACAUUUUUUCGAAAACUUCUUCUUGGAAAUAAUGACCAAUAUCAUAAACCAAAUACUUUUAAGUUGACAAAAAUCCACCUUUUUCCAGAUAUGGGUACAGUUUAUGACUAUGUUUAUGAUAAGAAAAAUAAUGGUUCUUGGGUCCUAUGGGCUGAAAAAAUAGAUUUUAAAAGGAUUUCACCAGAUGCCAGAAUAAAUGAUUUAAUCAUUCAAACUGAUGAAACAGCUAAGCAGCAUUACUUUUUACAAAUAUUAUUAAAAAAUGAAAUACCUUUACUUUUCGUCGGACCCACUGGCACUGGGAAAUCAGUUAUUGUGCUGGACUACUUAAUUAAUUUGCCGAAAGAAAAAUUUUUAGCUAACGUAUUAAACUUCUCCGCGUGGACUGCAGCUAACACUGUACAAGAUAUUAUAAUUUCUAAAUUGGACAAGCGAAGAAGAGGAGUUUUUGGACCGUCUGUAGGUAAAAAAUGUAUGUUGUUUGUAGAUGAUUUAAGCAUGCCGUUACCUGAAAAAUAUGGUGCUCAACCACCAAUAGAAUUAUUAAGACAAUGGAUUGAUCAUGGUCAUUGGUAUGAUCUUCAGACUAUGUCAAGAAUAGAUAUGCUCGAUAUGUUAUUUAUUGGCGUACUUCAACCUCCUGGUGGUUUUUCAAAUCAAGUUACUACUCGUUUCACUAGACAUAUGAAUGCUAUUGGCAUUGAUUCAUUCAAACAAGAAACGAUGUCUAAAAUAUUCACUCAAAUUAUGAAAUGGCAUUUAAACAAAGGAUUUCCUGAGCCUAUCGCAUUACAAGGAAAUAGUGUUAUAGAAGCAAUACUGUUUGUGUACAAAGAAGCAGUCUCAACAUUUUUACCGACUCCUGCUAAAUCUCACUAUACUUUCAAUUUACGAGAUUUUACCAGAGUUAUAAAAGGAAUAUUAUUAUUACCAGCAUCGCAGUGUAAAACCCUUGAAAAAAUGUUCCGACUGUGGGUUCAUGAGACAUGGCGUGUGUUUGGUGAUAGAUUAGUCCACGAUGAUGACCGUAAUAAACUAUUUGAAAUAAUGAAAACAGCAUCUUAUAGUUGUUUGAGACAACCGAUGGACGUUUAUCUAAGUGAUUUAAUGCCAGUCGAGGAGAGCUUUUUAAAUACUGAUCAUUUACGAAACCUAUUUUAUGGAAACUACAUGGAUCCGGAUAUUAAUAAGAAAAUUUAUGAUGAAGUUCAUAGUGAAAAACAACUAAUACAACGAAUGGAUUAUUAUUUGAAUGAAUACAAUACUAUGUCUAAAAAUCCAUUAUCGAUGGUUAUGUUUAAGUUUGCUAUUGAACAUGUGUCUCGUGUAAGUAGAGUCUUACAACAAGACAACGGUCAUUUGUUAUUAGUUGGAAUUGGUGGUAGUGGAAGACAAUCGGCUACAAAGUUGGCCACAUUUAUUGCCGGUUAUAAAAUAUUUCAAAUUGAAAUAGGAAAGAAUUAUGGUAAAAAUGAAUGGAAUGAAGAUAUGAAAAAAAUAUUAAGAUAUGCUGGAUGCGAUGGAAAUCCAAUAACAUUUUUUUUAUCUGACAAUCAAAUUGCAGAUGCCAGUUUUGUAGAAGAUAUAAAUAUGUUACUUAAUACUGGAGACAUACCAAAUCUUUAUCAAUCUGAUGAUAGAGUUGAUAUUUUAGAUAAAGUAUCCAAUAUUGCUCAAACCCUUGGAUUAAACGUUGAAACAACACCACUUGCUUUAUACAAUUUCUUUAUAGAAAGAGUCAAAGAAAACCUUCAUCUUAUUUUAGCUAUGUCACCAAUUGGUGAUGUGUUUAGAAACCACUUGAGAAUGUUUCCUUCACUCAUAAACUGUUGUACAAUCGACUGGUUUACAGUUUGGCCUGAAGACGCUCUUGAGAAAGUUGCAGAAUAUUAUUUAAAAGACAUGUCUAUUCACAGUGAUAUUGCAUCAUCUUGUGUAAUAAUUUGUAAAGAAUUUCAUACUACAGCUAGAGAUGCUUCUUCCAGAUUUUAUUCAGCGUUAAAAAGGCAUAACUAUGUUACACCAACUUCCUAUUUAGAGUUGAUAAAAACAUUUAAAAAUUUGCAUAAAAAGAAGGUAGAUCAAAUCACAACUUUGCGAAACAGAUAUGAAACCGGUUUAAAAAAGUUAGACUUUGCUGCGGGCCAAGUAUCUGUUAUGCAAGAUCAACUAACAGCUUUAAGACCAAAACUUGUAGAAACUUCGUUGGCUACUGAAGCUCUUAUGGUUAAAAUUGAACAAGAUACUGUAAAAGUCGAAGCCAAAAAAGAAAUAGUGGGCGCCGAUGAAGCCCUUGCUAAUGAUGCUGCAGCAGCAUCGCAGGCUAUCAAAGACGAUUGUGAAAGUGAUUUAGCAGAAGCCAUACCAGCCCUCGAAGCAGCAGUUUCAGCUCUAAAUACUCUUAAGCCCGCCGAUAUUACCGUAGUUAAAUCUAUGAAAAAUCCACCAUAUGGUGUAAAGUUAGUACUAGAAGCAGUUUGUGUUAUGAAAGGAAUCAAAUCUGAACGUAAGCCAGAUCCAAGUGGAUCUGGGCGGAUGAUUGAAGAUUUUUGGGGACCAUCACAGAAACUAAUUUCAGAUACUAAAUUUUUAGAAAGUUUAAAAACUUAUGACAAAGAUAAUAUAGAUCCUGCAGUUAUGAAACAUAUAAGAGAAAAAUAUAUUAAUGAUCCAGACUUCAAUCCAAUCAGUAUCAAAUCAGUUUCUAAUGCGUGUGAAGGCCUUUGUAAAUGGAUACGAGCGUUGGAUGUUUAUGAUAAAGUAAUAAAAAUUGUCGGACCUAAAAAAGAAAAACUUCAGCAAGCAGAAACGGACUAUGCUGUACAAAUGGAAAAACUUAACGAAAAAAGAGCUGAGCUUUCCGGGGUCUUAAGCAAGCUUCAAACAUUGAGAGAUGAACUUGCGGAAAAAACGAAGGAGAAAAAAGAAUUGGAAGAUAAUAUUGACUUGUGCUCUCAAAAGCUGACCAGAGCUGAACAAUUAAUUAGUGGUCUUAGCGGAGAAAAAUAUAAAUGGAGCCAAACGGCUCUAGAAUUGCAAUCAACAUUAGAUAAUGCAAUUGGCGAUGUAUUAUUAUCUGCAGGCGUUGUUGCUUACCUUGGGGCAUUUACUGUUGACUUUAGAAAUGUACUUAUUGAUGAAUGGAACCAAAAGUGUUUGGAAAUGAGUAUUCCAUGUUCAAAACAGUUUUCACUAAUACAUACGUUAGGAGAACCAUUAUUAAUUCGUGAAUGGAAUAUAUUUGGACUUCCAACUGAUAAUUUUUCUGUUGAAAAUGGGAUCAUCGUAUUUAGUAGUACAAGAUGGCCUCUAAUGAUUGACCCCCAAGGUCAAGCGAAUAAAUGGAUAAAAACUAUGGAAAAUUCAAACAAUAUUUCUGUAGUUAAACUGUCAAAUUCAAAUUAUAUGACUUCCAUACGAUCAGCAAUUGAACAUGGUUUACCAGUUCUUUUAGAAAAUAUACUAGAAGACAUUGAUGCUACACUUGACCAAGUACUACUAAGAAAUAUCUAUAAGGAAGGUGAAAUUGAAUACUUGAGAUUUGGCGAUGAUUUGUUGGAAUAUAAUCACUCGUUUAGACUUUACAUCACAACACGACUUCGAAAUCCUCAUUAUUUACCAGAUAUUUCUGUUAAAGUAGGUGCUUCUUCUAACUAA